ACUGUCGCGUGUGGAGGCGGGGCAGGCAGCGUGCAGCGAGGUCUCUCUCUCUCUCGCCGACGUGACGUGACGACAUGGAGCUCGCCGGCGCCACGAUCCGGCAGGCCCUGCCGUCGGCGUGCCCGGCGGCGGCGAGGGGGAGGAGGAGGGGGAGGGCGCCGGCCAGGGUGGCCUGCGUCGGGGGCGGGGGGUUCGCGGAGGAGGGCCACCUCAGGCACUACGAGGCGGCGGCCCCGCGGAGGAAGGCGGUGGAGGCGGUGGCGAGGGAUCUGGUCAGGCUCCGGGCCAUGGGGCUCGUCGCGGGGGACGCGGCCAAGGAGAAGGUCCUCUCGGAAGCCACGGACCUUCUGCUGCAGGAGCUGAACCAGAUGAAGGACGACGAAUACAAGAUGAAGAAGAGCCAGAAAGAGGAGAAGGCUGCCAUGAAAGCACUGAAGAAACAGCAGAAGGAAGCAAAGAAGGCUUCCAUGAUGAACUGCGAAGAUGAGUCAUCCUCUGAAUCAAGUGACAGCGAUUGUGAGGACGAGGCAGCCACGAACUUUGACCAGGGCAUGGUGAUCCCGGCAGCAGUUCCCGAAGCUGUUGCAUCCGUCAUCUCGACUGUCUCGGGGACAGAGUGCAAAAAGAUUGUGAUGAAGGCUAUGAAGAAAAUGGAGAAGGAACAAAUGAAAGCCAUGAAGAAGAUGGAGAAGGAACAGAAGAAGGCUGCGAAGAAGGCCAUGAAGAUGGAGAAGGAAGCAAAGAAGAUGGCCAUGGCCGCACUGAGUGGCUGCAGGGAUGAAGACGAUUCCUCAUGCUCAUCAGAAUCCAGCGACAGCGAAUGCAAGGGGGAGGUUGUCAGGAUGAGCCGCUGCGGUACAGUCACUGUGCCUCAAAUGCCAUCUCCAAGCGCGGUUUUCCCCAUCAUAGUUCCUCAAAUUCCAUCAUCUUUGCCACCGGAGCCGUCUCAAGCUUUAGAGCCUGCAACUGCAAUGCAAGUCACCAGCAUCAGCAGUGUUGCAGUGGCUGAGACAUCCACAACCAGCAGAAUCGAGGUCUGCAUGGGUGGCAAAUGCAAGAAAUCAGGCGCGCUUGCUCUUCUGCAGGAAUUUGAGAAGACAGUGGGCACCGGAGGUGCGGUCGUUGGCUGCAAGUGCCUGGGGAAGUGCGGCCUAGGGCCCAAUGUGCGGCUGAGGAGUGAUGUUUCAGCGGAAGGCUCUGCAAGGAGGAACCCUCUCUGCAUCGGUGUAGGGUUAGAAGAUGUUGGCACCAUAGUGGCAGGUCUCUUCGGAGACGUUGAUCUGGGCAUGACGCCCACCUAGACGUAGCACUUCAAGAGUUGAAGCUGUGUUAUCAGUUGUUGUACUGAACAAAUAUAUAGUGCAGAUCAUAGCUACGGCCCUGCUGGGCUGCUUGUGCUAAGCUUAUGACUUUAUGUACUUAUAUACAACAUCUAUGCUAAUCAAGGUUCCAUAUUUCAGAUCCA